GCAGGCGGGCGGGCAGGCAGCCAGGCGCGCAGCCAGGCAGGCAGGCGGGCGCGGCCCCAGCGAGCAGCCGAGCGAGCCCAGCCAGGCUGCCAGCCCAGGGCCCAGCCCGCCGCGCGGCCGCGCCUCGCUUCACCCUCACAGUCACAGUGCAGAGCGCACACAGUGAGCGCCGAGCGCAGCCGAGGCGUCGCGAGAUCGACAGGAGAGCGAGAGCGGUGUUGUUGUGGUGUUAUGGUGUGCAGCGAUAAGUGAUCCGCGACGUGACCAUGCCGUCGGACAGCGACAGCCCGCAGUGGGUGAGCAGGGACUGGCUGUUGCGCGAGCUCCGCCAGGACGCGGCGCGCCUCGUGACGCUGGACUGCCGCUCCUCGCACGACUUCGCCGAGUCCCACAUCCGGCACGCCGUCAACUUCAGCAUCCCCAGCAUCAUGCUGCGCCGCCUGGGCGCCGGCAAGAUCGACCUGGCGUCCACCAUCAAGUGCCGCGACCUGCGCGAGCGCAUCACCUCCGCCUACAAGGACAGCGUGUUCGUGGUGUACGCCGACGACACGCCCGCCGUCGACACGCUGCAGGUGGUGGCCAGGAGGCUUAAGCAAGAUGGCUGCCAGGUGGUGUGCCUUGAAGGAGGCUUCCAAGCGUUCCGCUCGUGCUACCCCGAGUGGUGCGAGUCGUGCACCGAGCUGCUGGCGGGCCACCCGGGACUCGUGGCCGCCGACACGGUGCCCCUGAUGGGGCUGCGCUCGCUCAGGAUAUCCACCUCGUCGGCCGCCACCCUGGCGCAGCGGCACCGCAACCACCUGGGCUCGUCCUGCGGCAGCUCGGCCGCCACCAGCUCGACGGACUCGUCCUCGGACUCGGAGGACCGUUGCGACUCGUCGCUGGGCCUGGAGGACGACCGCGACUUCCUCGUCGAGAUCCUCCCCCACCUGUUCCUGGGCAACGCGGCCAACUCGGAGGACUCGGAGGCGCUCAGCAGGCACCACAUACAGUACAUUCUGAACGUGACACCGGACCUGCCCAACGUGUUCGAGGAGUCAGGCUCGAUACGUUACAUGCAGAUCCCGAUCGCUGACCACUGGAGCCAGAAUCUGGCCAAGUUCUUCCCUAAAGCCAUUGAAUUCAUAGGUGAGUUGAGUACCUAGCGCCUCCUGCGGGCUGCU